GAGAUAUACCCACGACCUGCAUCUCUUAGAUCGCCCGCCGUCUCUUUUUUUCGACUCGGCCCAGACUGCUUAUUCCACCAGCACCCUUGCUAGUGUCCGGCUUCUCUUUGGUGGUGUGGUCCGGCCUAGUUAUCCGCUCUUCUUAGCCGUCCUUGCCCCGUAUCGUUAGUCUCGCGCUAUAGCUGUCCGGCGUUUAUUAUAAGUUUGAGACGUGGGAACCUCCAUCCCGAGCCAAGUCUACCCAACAUGUCACACCAUACCAACAGCACGACAAAUAACACGGACCGUACUCCCCCCGAGUACUCUCAUUCAGAGCAAGCACCUGGCCCUGUGCCUUACACAACACAGCAGGAAGGACGCCCUCCCGUCUACCCAGCCGCCCCUGCCCCCGGCCAACCCUACCCGGCCCCGUCUGGAACCCCCGCCUCUGAAUACGGCUACUCGGGUCACCGUGGAAGUACCAGUUUCCCAGACACGAUGAUGGGAUAUCGCUCCUCCCAGAGCCAUCCCAGCAAUGGGGUCCCUUCAUCCAACAUGUCGGGUCCUGGGCACGCCUACCCACACCCGGCCUAUUCCUCCUACGCGCCUCCUCCUCCCGACGUGACUAGCCCAUACCAGCACAGCGCUCCUAGCGCAGGACUCUAUGCCCAACCCCGUCCCGACUGGGCGACAUAUCAGCAAAACGGCCCCAUGCAGGGCCAUGCCGUCUUCCCCCCUACACAUUCCCCGGCUCCUGCUCAAACUCGGCAGAAUCAGCAGGUUUAUUCGUUUGUUCCUAUCCCCGGCUCCACCCAGCAUAAGCGACCACGCAGGCGCUUCGAGGAAAUCGAGCGCAUGUACAAGUGCGGAUGGAAUGGCUGCGAGAAGGCUUAUGGUACACUCAACCAUCUGAAUGCGCACGUCACCAUGCAGUCGCAUGGAACGAAGCGGACUCCUGAAGAGUUCAAGGAGAUUCGCAAGGAGUGGAAGGCGCGCAAGAAGGAGGAGGAGGCGCAACGCAAGGCCGCCGAGGAACGAGCACGCGCUGCGUCCACCACUCAAACAACACAGAGUGCCGAGAACAACUCGUAUGCCGCGAGAGGCGCCGUCCAACUUCCACCAAUUGGUUCCAACACGCCAGUGUCGCAGUACCCCCUGCCGGAAUACAAUGGCCCGGCAUACCAGAACUACCCUCCCGGCUCUGGUUCCCCCUAUCACCCCAAUGGUUAUAGCACAGCCCAACGUAAGUACCAAAAAGUCUCUUCUUUCCGACGAAGCAUAUGCUAAUCAUACCCAGAUGCCAAUGGGCAGGCUUAGUAGUUUACUCUUCUCGUUGUGAUUAAGAGUCACCACAUAGGAAAGAGAGAGUGUGUGUGAACGACACGAAUCGAUACUGGUCCUCCGGAG